GGCCGCCGCUAAGGGGCGGGGCUUGUUUGUCACUGCGGUCUGUUGUUGCUCGGGGAUCCUCGACACCAAGCUAACGGCCCACGGCUAACGGGACCGAGAAGAUGCGGUCAUACCGACACACGGAUCCCCGCUGCUUCUGACCUCGGUACCGGUUCCGUUAGUUAGUUCGGACUGACCCGGCUCAGAGGUUCGAAGGAUGACCUGGACGGCCGCUCAGCUCGCUUGGACUCGGUGACUCGUGUCGGCGUCCCGGUACAGCAGAUGGAGCGUUAACGAACCGGGCGGUGCUACCGUGGGGUCCAGUGACCUUGGACUCUCCGUCUCUGCUGGACCCGUGUGGAGAUGAUGGCUCUCGGCUCCGGCUGCGGGCUAACGGCCAUCUACCUGCUCCUCCUCUCAGAAUGCAUCACUGCCUCACAGAGGAAUGACAACGUCUAUGUGUCAGGGAUUUCUAACGCCUGUGGCGAGGUGGCAGAGCUCCUCCGGGCCUCCAGCGGCGUGGUCACCAGCCCCGGAUGGCCCUUCCAGUACCCGUCCAGACUCAACUGCAGCUGGAACAUCAGAGUUAGACCUGGGGACUCCGUCACCAUCAGCUUCCAGGACUUUGACCUCCAGGGUUCCCACCACUGCUCCUCUGACUGGAUGUCCAUCAGUAGCUAUCGGGGUCUGGACGGACUCCGGGUCUGUGGUUCCUCCCUGCCCCCCCCAUACAUGUCCUCCCAGGACCACGUCUGGAUCCACUUCCAUUCUGACGACAGCCUGACGGGGAAAGGGUUCCGGCUGUCCUACGUCACCGGCAGGACAGAGGCCUCCAGCUGUGACCAGGACCAGUUCCACUGCUCUAACGGGAAGUGUAUCCCAGACCUGUGGCGCUGUAACUCCAUGGACGAGUGUGGAGACAACUCGGACGAGGAGCUCUGUGUGGACCCCCCCUUCUCCUUCCAGCCCUGCAGCCUCAACCAGUUCCCCUGCCUCUCCCGCUACACCCGCAUCUACACCUGCCUCCCUCACAGCCUGAGGUGUGAUGGCAGCGUGGACUGUCAGGACCUCGGGGACGAGAUUGACUGUGACGUUCCUACCUGUGGAGAGUGGCUCAAGAACUUCUACGGUUCUUUCAGUUCUCCAAACUACCCUGAUUUCUACCCCCCAGGAAGUAACUGCACCUGGCUGAUUGACACUGGAGACCACCGCAAGGUCAUCCUGAGGUUCACAGACUUUAAACUCGAUGGUACCGGGUACGGCGACUAUGUGAAGGUGUACGACGGCCUGGAAGAAAACCCUCGCCGCCUCCUCCGGGUCCUGACCGCCAUCGACUCCAGAGCGUCGGUUGCCGUGGUGUCGUCGUCGGGUCAGCUCCGGGUCCAUUUCUACGCCGACAAGAUCAACGCGGCCCGAGGCUUCAACGUCACCUACCAGGUGGACGGGUUCUGUUUGCCCUGGGAGGUUCCCUGUGGGGGGAACUGGGGCUGUUACAACGAGCAGCAGAGAUGUGACGGAUACUGGCACUGCCCCAACGGACGGGACGAACUCAACUGCUCCUCAUGUCAGGACGACGAGUUUCCAUGUUCCAGGAACGGAGCCUGUUACCCUCGAUCGGACCGAUGCAACUACCAGAACCGCUGCCCCAACGGGUCCGACGAGAAGAACUGCUUCUUCUGUCAGCCUGGGAACUUCCACUGCAAGAAUAACCGGUGUGUGUUUGAGUCGUGGGUGUGCGACGCUCAGGACGACUGUGGCGACGGCAGCGACGAGGAGAGUUGUCCCGUCAUCGUUCCCACCAGAGUCAUCACGGCCGCCGUCAUCGGGAGCCUCAUCUGUGGCCUCCUCCUCGUCAUCGCCCUCGGCUGCACCUGCAAACUCUACUCCCUCAGGAUGUUUGAGCGCAGGUCGUUUGAGACCCAGCUGUCCAGGGUGGAGGCGGAGCUCCUGAGGAGGGAAGCCCCUCCUUCUUAUGGUCAGCUGAUCGCACAGGGGCUGAUUCCUCCGGUGGAGGAUUUCCCCGUGUGCUCUGGAAGCCAGGCGUCUGUUCUGGAGAACCUCCGCCUGGCCGUGCGCUCUCAGCUCGGCUUCACCUCCCUCAGGCUUCCCUCCUCCGGUCGUCAUAGCAACCUGUGGCGCAGGCUCUUCACCUUCUCACGGUCUCGCCGGUCUGGUUCCUUGGCCCUGGUCUCGGCCGACCUGGAGGACGGCCCCGGCGCUGGGAGUUCUGGCUCCGACCCGCCGUCCCCAGACUCAGACGACACGGACACCGAGGGUGAGCGAGGGAGGGAGCGUGGCGUGGGAGCGGUGGGCGGACCCAUCGGUGCCCUCCCACAUAAAACUCCGCCCCCCUCUGCCGUGGAGGCCGUGGUUUCGGUGACGGCGUCCUCGAUGUCUGUGACGCCAACAUCCAGAGCCCGCGAUAGGCCCAGGGAGGCCCCUCCCCCCUCCAGCCCUGUCACCGUGGUAACGUCCACUCCAGAUCCAGCAGACCGCCUCCACAGCGACACCUCCGAGCUCCAAGCCCCGCCCACCUCCGCUCUACAGCGCCUGGCCCAGAACCUGCACCGCUUCGCCAGAAACCUGACCAGAACUGGCCAGCACAACCAGAGCUGGACCAUUCACAGCCCGCUGCGCCAGCUGGAGACAGGAAGGGGCGGGGCCGAGGGCGGCGAGCAACGAGGGAGCACAGAAGAAGAAGAAGAAGAAGAGGACGUGGAACUCCUGAUCCCCGCCUCCGACUCCGACACAUCGUCCUCUUCCUCAGCACUGAGCGACGUCCGGCAGCCGCUGCUUGACCCACACCCCUCAUCUGCAGACGGCGCCGCCCGCCAUCACCACGGAAACGGCGGCGGUCGAGGACGAGACGGGCUCUGUAGACACUGUGGGAUGGUCCACACGGCUCAGAUCCCCGACGCCUGCCUGGAGCCCACAGGCAAAACGGAGAGCAGCGACGACGAGCUGCUGCUGCUCUGCUAACUCACUGGGCUAACAUGCUAAUGGACAGGCUAACACUGCUCACAAUACACCUACAACUGGCUAACAUGCCAACGGACAGGCUAACACUGCUCACAAUACACCCACUGCUGGCUAUCAUGCUAACAGCCAGGCUAACACUCAUGAUAACACACCUACAGCUGGCCAACCUGCUAACAGCCAGGCUAACACUCAUGACAACACACCUACAGCUGGCCAACCUGCUAACUGACAGGCUAACACUUUUGCAAUGCACCUACAACUGCUUAAAAUGUUAAAACAAUGGCUAACACCGAUCACCAUACACCUACAGUGGACUAAACUGCUAACGGACAUGCUAGCUCUACUCUGUACACCCUGACCCUACAUGCACAGUUUGCUGCUCUGCUAACAGGCUAAGCAGUCGACCUGCUAUGCUAUCAAGCUAAUACUUCAAACCCCACAUCUUUUGCUGAUGGCUAGUCACUGGACUCUGUUAGCAUAUGUUAGCAUGUUAGCUGGAUUAAAGGCUAGUUCCCAGUGAUGUUGGAGAACCUAUUGAUGUCGCAUCGGUACGACCUUGAAAGCUGUCCUCUUGUCCCCGGUCCGUCCUGCUCCUUCGGUAUGAUGCUAAAUGCUACGCUAAGUCCUGAGAGACACCAGGGACAAGAACUUUGAACGCUGAUGGCCAUGAGGACCCGGGUCAUGUGACCUGUGGAGAUACCAGCUAAAGUAGCUUAAGUAAAGUCACCUGGUACCACCGUGAGUUAACCCGGUUAUUAAUCCAGAAUGUGUUUGAUCUUCGUUUCUCUGACGGGUUCCUGUCUGGUUCCUGUCUGGUUCUUCUGAUGGGUUCCUGUCUGGUUCCUCUGACGGGUUCCUGUCUGGUUCCUGUCUGGUUCUUCUGAUGGGUUCCUGUCUGGUUCCUGUCUGGUUCCUGUCUGGUUCCUCUGAUGGGUUCCUGUCUGGUUCCUGUCUGGUUCCUCUGAUGGGUUCCUGUCUGGUUCCUGUCCGGCUCCUCUGGAUUGUGGCCAGAGGAGCCGAGUAGUGUUUACACUUCAUCUUGACCCUGUAGGACCAUCAGAACCGGUCUGGACUGUCCCAGCUCCAGUUCUAGUGUGUAGUGACUUCCCCCAUGACUGAAGCCGACGUCUUUGUUUCUGGUGUGAGAGCGUCUAUUUAUUAUUAAUGUGACCACGGUCCUCAUCAUCCUCAACAUUAUUAUUAUUAUUGUUAUUAUUAUUAUUAUUAUUAUUAUUAUUGUUGUUGUUGUUUACUUGUUUAUUUGUGGUGGAGCUGUUUGUUUCUUUUUUCUGACCUGCAUGAUCUCAGUUGUUUGCUGUUUAGUUUUUGUUUGAGUGUAAAAGUUUAAAAACCUGAUUCACUAAAGAUUAAAGUUCACCUUCAGUGUCA